AUGGCCUACCGGCGAGACCCCGGUCACACACUGGGGCAUGCCGCCCGUGGAUAUCUUCGAGCUAGGGAAAUUCUGGAGCGUCUCCAAGGUAUGCAGCGCUAUGCUUCCACAGACACCCGCCUCAACUCCAGCCUCACCAUCGAAUUCAACCGCUCCACCGCAUCAACCUCUAAGUCCGGCCUCAACAUCACGCGCUUUAUCUCGAACGGCACCAAUGUGUUAAACUCCAAUAUCUUCGGUGGCAGGGCUUCGCGCCUGCUACCCAUCAUCGUGAAGUAA